AUGGAGUUAGUUGACGUUGUCAAAGCUCGGUUGAGCACAAUGAGAGAGAAUGGUUGGAAUAAUUUUUUUACUGAUGUCCAAGGACUUUGUGUUGCUAAAAGUAUUCCGGUACCAAAUAUGGAUGACAAAAUACCGGUUCGGGGUCGUUCAAUAGCAGAAGGGAGGACUAUCACUAAUCUUCAUCAUUACCGUGCAGAAAUUUUUUAUGUUGCUAUUGAUAAAAUAUGUGUGGAGAUGGAUCACCGCUUUAGUGAAGGAAGUAACAUGAUACUUGAUUGCUUCUCAUGUCUCGAACCGAAGAACUCUUUCUCCAAGUUUGAUGUUGAUAAACUUGCUCGUCUUGCUAAUAUUUAUCAUGCAGACUUUUCUGAUGACGACCGAGGAAUAAUUAGGGAUCAACUUGAAACUUAUGUGCUUCAAAUGGUUCAAACUGAGAAACAUUCGGUAUUUCCAUUGGUUUAUAAACUUAUUGAGUUAUCUUUGAUAUUGUCGGUGUCGACAGCAUCCGUUGAAAGAGCUUUUUCAGCAAUGAAGAUUAUCAAGUCUAAAUUGCGCAAUAAGAUCAACGAUGUAUGGUUCAACAACUUGAUGAGUGACGAGUCUCUUUUAUUUUGA